UCCCCCUACUUCUUCUGUCUUUCUUUUCUUUUCCUUCCCUUUCUCCUUCCUUCCUUCUUUCCUUUCUCAUCUCACAUCUUCUUUACUCCCUUUCCAUUUCCAAUUGCACUUUCCUUUCCUUUCCUCCUCUUCCUCCCUCUCCUUCUUCCCUCCCCUCCUUCCUCUGUGUCCUUUCUCCUUCUCUCUUUCCCUUUCUUCCCAUCCUUCUUCAGUCUUUCCCCUCUUUCCUUUUCCAUCCUUUUUCCAUCCUUCUCUUUCCUCCUUUCUUGGAAGGCAGGCUUUUCCCAGUGCAGCAUCCAAUUGCGCCCUGCCUCCUCCUUCUCCUCCUCUUUCCCUUUCUCCUCCUCCUUUGCCCCCUUUUCUCCUCCCUCUCCUCCUCUUUCUCCUUCCCUCCUUCUCCUCCCUUUCCUAAGCCAUUCCCCCUUUUAUUAUGAUUCAUUUUUUGGCUCACCUUGCACCAAAAUAAAGCCUCUCGCUUCUUGUUUUCUUGGAGACGCUGGGGACAACUUUUACGCACAGGGAGGAGAGCUCUCCUUCUCUCCUUCUUCCAAAGCCUUCUCCCAUCCCUCCUUUCUCCUUCUCCUUUCUCCCAUCCCUCCUUUCUCUUUUUCUUUUAUGGGGCGCCUCAAGGCAACAUGCUUUCCAUGUCCAAACACUCCUUCAAAAUCAAGCAGCCUUGCCAAGAUCCUGGGCAGCAAAGUCCAAAGUCUUCCAACAUGAGCGGAAAGAAGAACCGGAACGAAUAUGCGCUCCAAUGCAUCCCAGGUGAAUACAUCCAGGAGGAGGCCGCCCACGUCCGCAAGAGCGUCGCUUCCGGAGACGGAUACAUCCCGGGGACCCUUUACUGCACCAACUUCAGGGUGGCCUUCCUUCCAGACGUGGCUUCAGACAGCGAGGACUGCUCUUCUCCUUACUUCAUGCACAGUGACUUUGAUGUGGCCCUCUCCUGCAUUGGGCGGCUGGUGGCAGUGAACAGCUUCACCAAAGCCAAGGUCUUGACCGGCACUUCGACCCUGAAGUUCAUCCCGGAGGAGCUGGUGAUCUAUUGCCGGGAUUUCCGAGUCCUGCAUUUCCACUUCCACGAAAGCGGAUUGGAACCACAAGCCUUCCGGGUGACCAUGGCCAUUGCCCAAGCCCAGGAGUGCGGACAUCGGGACGGCAGCGCUUGCGAAAACGUGGCUCUGAAAAAUCUGGAGAACAGCCGGCUGCGGAGGGAAGAGGAGGAGGAGGAGGAAGAGGGCGAGGAAGGCUCCGGGACGUUGCUUUUCGAGACGCUUUCGGACUGGGAGAAGGAACUGGAGCGCAUGGGAGCGACUGGGUGGAGGGUCAGCCCCGCCAAUGAACGCUUCGAUAUGUCGACCAGCCUCCCGAAGUAUCUCUGGGUUCCCGGCCGGUUCCUGGACAACGAACUCAAGAGGACUUUUGUGCAUUUCAGCGAGCGGCGCAUUCCGAGGCUGUGUUGGCGUCACCCGUCGGGCAGCAGUCUCCUCCGGUCGGCCAGCUUCCACCCGGAUUCGGAUCCAGAGAAGGAGGACAUGAGGUCGGUGGAGAAGCUCAUGCUGGCGGGACAUUCCCAGUGCGUCGUCGUCGAUGUGGCCUCCGACCUCCCCAACUUGCCCGAAAUCCAACAGUCCUAUGCACGGCUUUGGACGCUUUGCCUUUGCCUUGCAGAUUCAUCUGUCACCCCUUCGGACGAGAAGUGGCUCUCAAGCUUGGAAGGGACGCGGUGGUUGGAUCACGUCAGGGCUUGCUUGAAGAAGGCUGGAGAGAUCUCCGUCUUGCUGGCCGAAAGGAGUCGCUCGGUAGUCCUGCAAGAAUCGGGUGACCGGGACCUGAACUGUUUGCUGGCCUCCUUAGUCCAGGUCCUUUCGGACGCUUACAGCAGAACCAUCUCCGGGUUCCAGAGCCUGAUCCAGAAAGAAUGGGUUGCAGCCGGGCACCCCUUCCUCCAUCGGCUCAACCUGUUCCAGAAGAAACAAUCGCCGGUCUUCCUGUUGUUCCUGGAUUGCGUCUGGCAGCUCCUCCAUCAGUUUCCCCGGUCUUUCGAGUUCACCGACACUUACCUGGUGGCUUUGCACGACAGCAGCUACCUGCCCUUUUCCAGCACUUUCCUCUUCAACUGCCAAUGGGAACGGGGGCGGAGGAACCAGAACGGGUUCCGCAACCAGCUCUACACCCCGAUCAAUGGCUGGCGGGAGACGGUGUGUCUGGAGAUCCUGCGGGACGGAGGCUGCCCGGUCAAGGAAGCCGAUCCCACGGCCUGCUUGCCCACCGCCUGGGAUUGGGGACUGAGGUUCAGCCGGCGCCAGCGGUCCCAAUUCAGGAGCCCCUGGUUCCGCAAAAGGGGCCCCGGCACCGGAGUGGCCCUCAACGGAAACUUCCUGCCCCCAAAUGCCGGCAAGGCGGAAAGCGCUCCUCUGGGAAAAGGCUCCUCCUCCCUGUACCUCUUCUCCAAGGGAUCCCUCACUUUGCAGUCGCAGCUCUUCCCAUGGAAGAACGGAUCCCUGGCCAAGAGGGGAUCCCGUCGGAACUUGAUCCCCGAAGGAUCCGGAGAAGCGGAAAAAGUGGCCAGGGGGAGUAAGCUCUUCCACGGCCGCCUCCCGGACCCCGAAGACGGGCUGCUGCUCUUCCCGUCCUAUUCAGGGCCUUCGGUCCGCUUCUGGAAACGCUGCUACCUUCGGGGGAACCCGGACGUUCCGGCUGGGCUCUUUGCUUCAUCGGUUGCCGAACUCAUGGAAGAGCUCAAUCUUCUUGAAGAGCAGCUCUUGGCGGGCAAGAAAGGGCUCCUGCACAGCCCUUGAAGGGGAGAAAGCACUCCUUACCACAACAACCACAACCACAACAACAACAACAAAAACUAGAAGUUAUGGAGUUCGUUUUGCCAUCCUAAGAAGGGGAAAAAAAUACUCCAAACUAUGCAGCAUGGUGCAAUUCUGCAUUUCCUCAUCUCCAAACUGGGAUUGAACCCACUCUUCGUGUCUUCCCUUUUUGUGGAUGUAUAGAUUUGCCGCUUUUAGAUGAUGCUAUAGCUAUAUUCUACUCGUUGUUGUUGUUUUUCUUCCAAUGACUAUAAAGCUCUGUUUGGAUCCGUCAUUAAUGUGGAAAGCAGUUGGGAAAGACCACAUUGCAGAUGAAUUAAGCGUGCGUCCAUCGACCACACGUGGUUCGUGAGCCAACAGCAUGAUGUGGCAGCUAAAAAGGCCAAGACGAUUCUAAGCUGCAUCAGGAAGAGUGGGAUCGGGGGAAGCACACUUGGAUCACUGGGAGUGUAAUACCGCAGCUUGGGAACUUUGGAUGUACUCACUCUGGUGCAUAACAGAGCACAAGCGUGACCUCUUCAGCGCUUCGGACUUCGGAACGGCUGCAGGGAAUUCGGAAGGCGCCUCCAAAAUGUGCUGGUUGAAGAGAAGCAAUAACCUUUCCAUAUAUAU